AUGAUGAACAGAGCAAUAAAAAUAGGCGGAAAGAAGGCACCAAGAAGAAUCCCCACAAGAAGACAAAUUGACGCAGACAACGACAAGGGAUUUUUGACUGCUCUUGCUGGCAACGGCUACAAAUGCAACGAGGUCAAGGACAUUGACUGCUGCAACUUCAUGGCAGAGAACGACUCGGUUAUAAACUACCAGACUCCAGAGAUCAAGGCAGUCACCAAAGACAACACAAUCAUUGGAUACAUCGUCAAGGGCAAGGGAGAGCUCUUGGGAGACAACAAUAAAAAUUUUGAUCUCGACACCAUCGUGAAGUAUCUGAGCUCCAAGGGCAUUAAUGUAGAAGACCUCGUUGAGAGAGUCCAAAACGGAGACAAGAAAGCACUUGAAGAGAUUCUUGAGAUAGUGAAGAAGUCCGCAGUAGAGGAGGAUGAAGCAAGCGCCAAGAGUGCAGAGGAGAAGGAAUAA